UCCUUUGCUUUCCGGCUAUGUUCGGUCCUGUCCGGCUAGUCCCGCCUUGCGCGCCCAUUUCGAGCCCGAGUUUCAAGCUGGACUUUCCAGGUUGGGGAACCCGGCACACAUUUUCUAGGACUGGGUUCUUGGCCUGUGGCUAUUGGGACAGGAAUGGCGCAGCUGGAGGGUUACUACUUCUCGGCUGCCCUGAGCUGCACCUUUUUAGUAUCCUGCCUCCUCUUCUCCGCCUUCAGCCGGGCGCUUCGGGAGCCCUACAUGGACGAGAUCUUCCACCUGCCGCAGGCUCAGCGCUACUGUGAGGGCCAUUUCUCCCUCUCACAGUGGGACCCCAUGAUUACUACAUUACCUGGCCUAUACCUGCUGUCUGUUGGAGUGGUCAAACCUGCCAGUUGGAUCUUUGGAUUGUCUGAGCAUGUCGUUUGCUCCAUUGGAAUGCUCAGAUUUGUGAAUCUUCUCUUCAGUGUUGGCAACUUCUAUUUACUAUAUUUGCUUUUUCGCAAGGUACAGCCCAGACACAAGGCAGGUUCAAGUAUCCAGAGAAUCUUGUCAACAUUAACCCUAGCAGUAUUUCCCACACUCUAUUUUUUUAACUUCCUUUAUUAUACAGAAGCAGGAUCCAUGUUUUUUACUCUUUUUGCCUAUUUGAUGUGUCUCUAUGGAAAUCAUAAAACGUCAGCCUUGCUUGGAUUUUGUGGCUUCAUGUUUCGUCAAACAAACAUCGUUUGGGCUGUCUUCUGCGCAGGAAACAUCGUUGCACAAAAGUUAACUGAAGCCUGGAAAACUGAGCUACACAAGAAAAAGGAAGAGAGGCUUCCCCCUAUUAAAGGACCAUUUUCAGAAUUCAGGAAAAUUCUUCAGUUCCUUUUGGCUUAUUCCAUGUCAUUUAAGAACCUGAGUAUGCUUUUUCUUCUGACUUGGCCGUACAUCCUUCUAAUGUCUCUGUUUUGUGUUUUUGUAGCAGUUAAUGGUGGGAUUGUUGUUGGCGACCGAAGCAGUCAUGAAGCCUGUCUACAUUUUCCUCAGCUAUUCUACUUCUGCUCGUUCACUCUCUUUUUUUCCUUUCCUCACCUACUGUCUCCUAGCAAAAUUAAAGCUUUUCUUUGCUUAGCUUGGAAACGUAGAAUUCAGUUUUUUGCAAUUACCUUAGUCUCUGUAUUUUUAGUUUGGAAAUUCACUUAUACUCAUAAAUACUUGCUAGCAGAUAAUAGACAUUAUACAUUCUAUGUGUGGAAAAGAGUUUUUCAAAGAUAUGAAAUUGUGAAAUAUUUGUUAGUUCCAGUCUAUAUAUUUGCUGGUUGGAGUAUAACUGACUCACUGAAAUCAAAGUCCAUUUUCUGGAAUUUAAUGUUUUUCAUAUGCUUAUUUACUGUUACAGUACCUCAGAAACUGCUAGAAUUUCGUUACUUCAUUUUACCUUACGUUAUUUAUAGGCUUAACAUACCUCUGCCACCCAUAUCCAGACUCGUUUGUGAACUGGGUUGCUAUGCAGUUGUUAAUUUCCUCACUUUUUAUAUCUUUCUGAACAAGACUUUUCAGUGGCCAAACAGUCAGGACAUUCAGAGGUUUAUGUGGUAAUAUCACAGAUAUCUUAAACUCUAAAAAUAGACUUAUUUAGACUAUUUCUACAAUGAGCAACUGAACAGGUAAAAAUUACAGACUUUCUUUUGGGUAUAAUGGUGAUCCUCAGAUCACAUCAGAUUUUGUUUUUUAAACAUCAGAUGUAUAUGUUUUAAAUAUAUAAAAAAAUCGAAGGGAGUUAAGUGGUAAAGGACUUAGAAAAGUUUAAGACUUGCUCCAUAAGCCUGAGUAAUAAUGGGAAGAUAAAAUUGUUUACAGUUAUCUCAUGACAUGUCUUUGAUACAGCUAGCCAUUAGAAAGCUUGGAAACUUUAUAGAUACAAGUUUAAGAAAACUGGGCAUGCUUUAUGAUACUGGAACUUAUUUAUUCUUUUCAGUAAGCAAUAGCAGACUAUUUGAAAAACAUUUAUAAAUAAUCAGGUAAUAGUCUUGAUUGAAAAGUUGCUUAACAUUUCAGUAAAUUUAAUUUUAAUCAGACAAACUCAUAGUGUUAUAAAUUAGAGGCUCAUCUAUGUUUAUCUAGGAUUAAAAUUGUUGAUUUUUGCUAAAAAUCUAGAAAUGAUGCUCUUUCACUAAUUUCCUGGUAUGAAAUAUAUGAUAGCCAAAGAUAAAUUGUGUUGAUAAUACCUUUCAAAAGGGAUUUUCUUCUUGAAAUACAUUACUAUAAGUUUUCUUUGGCGGCCGUAACAAGUUAACACAAACUCAGUGGCUUAAAAAAAUUUCUCUCACAGUUCUGGGGGCCAUAAAUCUAAAAUUAAGGUGUCUCUAUGCUUGGUCGCUUCUGGAGGCUCUGAGGGAGCAUCAGUUCCAUCCUUCCUAACUUCUGGUGGCUGUCUGCAGUCAUUGGUGUUCCUUGGUUUGUAGAUGCAUCCACUCCAGUCUCUGCCCUUGCCUUCACAUGGCUUACGCGCUCUCCUCUUUAUCCUACAAGGACAAUGUCAUUGACUUUAGGGCUCAUUCUAAUCCAGGAUGGUCUCGUGGUGACAUUAAUUAUAUCUACAAAGACCUUUUUUCCAAAUAAGUUCACAUUUAUAGGUUCCAAGUAGACCUAUCUUUUUGUGGGAUACUUUUUGAACCCACUAAAGUUACCAAAGGAAAUUUAGGAUAAACCUCAUAAAAGUUGUAGGAAAUAAUUUCUUUUCUGAGAUAUUCUAAAUCAAAUUUUAUCUUUACUGAGAGGUUAGAAACAAGUGACUUCUAAGGUCACAUAAAUAUAAAACUAAAGGUAACCGGUAUAUCAUUUCAUUGUACAAAAAGAAUUGAAAGGAGGUUUAGAAGUCAUUUGAUUAUUUUGCAGAUUAGAGAACAACCACUCGAGUAGAAUUUGUGUGUUGGCUUUUGGAUUCUGUGUCUACUAUUUUGAGUACAUUCAUUGGGUUUUCAUUUCAUUACCGAAAAGUAUUAUUUUGACAUGUUAACUUUGACAUAUAAACUUAAAACUGUGAAUGGAAUUCAUCUUUUGGUCUCAUUUUGUUUGUAAACUUUUUAAAAUAGCUGUAUGAACCAAUUACUUUGUCUUAAAUGUUAGAUAAUGCUUUCUCUGGGCUUUAAAUAAUGAGUGGACUUGGAAAAUAUUCUGCAUUCGUAAAUAUAAAAUUGUGCAGGUAUAGCCUUGAGUAAUAAAUACAGAGCAGUCUUGUACUUUGUUCAGUACCUAGAAUGUAGAUCAACUCUUUCAUUAUAACAGUGAUUGCAGAACAAACUUUUAAAUUAGACAAGCAAGAACACCCAAAGAAAUUAUUAUUUAUAAUGGAGAACUGAGUUCCAGGAAGUCAAAAUUGGAAAAGAAAAUGUGUAAUUUAGGAAAAACAGCUUUCUUGUCUGAUACUAUAUAUGAAAAGCUUUUGUGUUCAAGAAUAUCUCUGAGACAAAAAAACUUUUCCUCUGGCAAAAACGAGGAAACCAUUUCACUCUGUGGAUUGGAGGAAUCACUGUUUCAGUUAAUUUUUCAGUGUUGAGUCCCUGCUACAUUAGAGAUGUUUUUGAGAAAAUUUACAUUCAGAGGAAACAGGUUAAUCUUACGUGUUUUCUAUAAAGAAUGUAAAAUAGAGUACAGAACAUUUCAGAAAAGAAUGUGAAUUAAAAGGUGCUAUAGACUUUUGCUUUUAGAAACAUCCUAUUAUCGUUGUGUUUGAACAUUUUUCAAGUUAUCAAAUAGAUAUUUUUAACAUGAAGUUUUAAAAAAUUCAACUUAAUUGAAUCUUGCUUAAAAGGUGAUUAUAAAAAAGUACUGAUAAAAUAGAGAGCCUUUAUAUCCUUGCAAUUAUUGUUAUUAAAGUGUGUAAGUAGGAUAAUAUUAAGGAAUGUAAAAAAUUUAGUCCAUAGUAUGUUUAGGCCCAGUAAUAAAUCUUUUUGAAAUUUUUCUACCUUAUGUGAAAUUCUAUCGAUAAUUAUCUUUGUAUUAGUAAGUUUUAUUUUUGUAUUAGUAAGAGCAUUAGUAAGUUUUCAGUGUGCUGUGUGUUUCCUUGGAUAUUAUUUAUGUCUUCUCUUAGUGGAUACCCAGAAAUUGUUUCUAAUGCAUCUGAGUAUGUAUUUAAAUUAUUUGGAAAUACAGUGUUCCUGCGAUUAAACAGAAUAUGUCAUUUUGGCAAGAGAAAUUACCUUAGCUCUUUGACCUCCUCCUCUUCUUUAAGUUGUUUCUGGAAUGUGCUUAGUCUGUCAUAAAGUACCUAAAUAUAAAUAGCUUAGUGCAAUUUGAUUUCUAAUAAAUAGCUUAAUGUAGUAUAUUUCUAGUUUGAGUUUAACUGCCACUCAGUGGCAAACUGCCACUUUACACAUUUUUUUCUUUAUAAUUGAAGACAGAAAAAGAAGAGAGCCUCAAUUUUUAUUUAUAUCCUCUAAAUAGUAGACUAUUAUAUUAGACUCACUUUUAAAUAAAAUGUUAAGAUAAAUAAAUUCAUGUUCAUUAGAUUAGAGAGUGUUUAUUAUCUUUGAAGCAAUUAGAAUUUCAUUAAAAAGUAAAACAAGUAUGCAAAUAUGAAAACGUUUUUCUAGUGGAAAUUAGGCAUGACUUAAGAACCAUGGGCUUGUGAGAAAGUAUUUAAUACGAGAAUUAAGAUUUCUAUAUUUGAUUGUGACUUUGGAAUCAAUAUGGCAAAUGGUUUAAUCUUUGGUCCUCAUUUCAAAUGAGAAUAUUAUUUGUCCUAACUCUGGGAAGUACCUGGCACAUGUCUAUCCUUAUUUCAAAAAGAAUUCAAACCCCUGCAUAUAUCCAUAAAGUUCAUAAAUAAAUUAUAUAAUAUUGUAUACUGAAUGAAAUUUUUAAUACAGGAAGAAGUAAAUAUCCUAGAAAAAAUAUGCCAUAUAACCAUUAGUUAAUUAUAGGAAAUCAGGUUUUAUAAUGAGAGCCAUCCUUUUUCUGCCUAAAUUUUCUGAUCCGACUUUAAAAAUUAUUUUAUUUACUAUCGUGUUUAAUACGUAUACAUGUAUUUACUAGUAAAUGUGUUUUUAUAAUAAGAUGUGACUUCAAAAUUAUUGGUGUUUAUUUAAAAUAAGAAAAGUAACUUUCAACAAUUAUAAUAGCAGUAGAACUCUUGAUAGUUAUUAGACUUUUAAGGGAAAAGAUUUCAACCAAUUACAAAUAUUUUGUGUUGUUCUAGUCAGGCUGUAUUUUACUACUUUAAGGAUAACUUAAUUAUCUUUUAUUUAGGUACUUUUCAUGUAUUUAAAGUAUGACAAGACAAACAUUUUCAAUAUACUAAAACUUGUGUAGCUGAGAAAAUUAUAAUAAAAAUGGACAGAUUGUGGUUAUAUUUUUAAA